AGAAUAACCGUCUGCAACAACGCCAUUUCACUUUCAUUCAUUUGUGUCGAGGCCUACGUCGGUUUACUGGACACACCGAACUUCAUCAUGGUGAAGAUUUUUAUCGGCAAUCUGGCCUGCAACACCACACCCGAGGAGCUGCGCGAACUUUUCGAGAAGUACGGCAAAGUUGCGGAAUGUGACAUCGUCAAAAAUUACGGGUUUGUUCAUAUGAACAACAUCUCGGAAGCAGAGGUGGCCAUUCAGAACCUCCACCAACACCAGUUGCAUGGCUGGCGUAUGAACGUGGAGAUGAGCAAAGGGAGGCCCAAGUCCACCACCAAGCUGCACGUCAGUAACCUUGGCGAAGGAAUCACUUGUGAUGUUCUGCGGGCAAAGUUUGAAGAUUUUGGCUCAGUGGUGGAAUGUGACAUAGUGAAGGACUAUGCAUUUAUUCACAUGGAGCGAGUGGAGGAUGCCAUGGAUGCCAUCAGUAAGAUGGACAACACAGCCUUUAAAGGCAAGCUGAUGAGCGUACAGCUGUCCACCAGUCGGCUUCGCACUGCCCCGGGAAUGGGAGAACAUACCGGCUGCUAUGUCUGCGGGAAACAUGGUCACUGGUCGAAAGACUGUCCAAACGGUCGGAGCGAUAGCCACGGUGAUGACGAGAGAGGUCACAGCGGCCGGGUCCCCCCACGCGGUCCCCCAGGUUAUGGCAGGGGCAGCUACGGAAUGGCCCCACCUCCAGGAGCUGAUUACAUGGGUGGCUCUGCGUAUAGUCUGGGUAGUUAUGCGGGUGGUAUCCCUCCACCCCCUCGCAGGCUCAGUGGCUACGGCUCUGAGCUGGGGGAUAGAUAUGGAGGCAGACCAGCAGGCUCCUAUGCUGACAGGCCAUCACCUUAUGAUCGUGACCGCCUUUAUAGCAGUGUUGACUAUUAUGAGAAGUACAGAGCUCGGCCUUAUGGCUCAAGCUAUUUCGAGGAUCGUCGCAUGUCUUAUCUCCCCCCUCCCCCACCCCCCCCUUCCUCCCUUUCAAAGCUCUCCUCCGGUGUCGAUCCGUACGACCGUCGGCCACCGCCUCCACCUGUAGCGGCCGCUUCAGCUGCCGCUUACUAUGCACAAGACCGCAACCCGAUCGGACGAGUACCCGUCUCUGCGGCCGGCUACACCUAUGAGCGCACACGGCUGUCACCGGUGUCCUCCAGGAGCACCUACGCUACUCCGCGACCCAAGGAUCAUUAUGCGCCACGUUACGCGCCUUACUAAAACCACGGGGCCAAGGUGAGCAGCAUAGUAAACAUCCAUGACAGAAUAUUUGAUUUAAUGAUAAGGGGACAUUUUUAUGUAAAAACACUUCUGCUCUGUGUGCACUGGGAUCUGGCUAAUUUGUUAGAGGCUGUGCUGCAAAUAUUUAGGGAUUAAACCCCCUUUCUGAAAGGGUAUUGCUUUGCUCUCUUUGUAGGUCUAUUUGUGAACUGCGGGACUUUUCUUUUGCCGUCAUAUCUUCGAUCUACAUGAUUCCAUCUAUCCGCGCAAUGUGCGGCUAAGCAUAUGAGAUGCGGAAAGUUUGGAAAUUGUGUUGGCAUCUUCAGGGCACCUGAGAGGCCAGUUGCCUGCAGAUGAAUUGUCCUUCCAGUCACAUUCACAUAUUCUGUUUUCAAUAAGGAUGAUGGUGAUUAGAAAACUGCACUGUUAAACAUUUAUGUUGUAUAAAACAAUAAUUUUUUCACUUGUUCUGCAGUUUUUCAGCUCAGUUUUUAGCCAUGUCUUUUUUUUCUUAACCGUGUUUGUUCCUCACGAUUUGCAAAUUGUUUAAUUGAGCAAAUGUGAAUUGCUUGGAUUUUGUUUUUCACUUAAAGAAAGCUGGAUUUAUACCUCUAUGUAAAGAAGCUGUGCCAUACACAUAGUCUAUAAGAUUACACAAUUGGCUACACUACAGUUGGUGUGAAUCUUCUGAAAAAUGAAAAUAGUGCAGGGUUGAAGAAACCAUGUGGGAACAGCAAGAAUUGCGAUUGGCUGUGGGAUUGAGUUUUUUCCCCCACAUCUUGCUGAUUCUGAUGUAGAUGGGGAAGACAACAAUAUGGAAGUUAAAGAUGGACCCUCUGUAAAGAUUAAUGAACAUAAACACAGCAAUCCCAUGGAAGAAGUCUCUUUAUUCAGUAAGUCGACACAUUGAACUCCUUUUAACUAUUUGAAUUGACUAUAAAUCCAGCUGAAGUGCUUUUGUUCCUUUUUUAAUAUGUAAACAUUUGACUUUAUUUUCCAAUUGGGAAUCAGGUUAACCCAUGUAGUAUUAUGAAUCAUUUGCUUGUGGUGCAGUAUAGCCUCAUCUUACCCCUCAGCACACGUCUCAUUUGAUCCAAGUCCAUUAUAUGGAUGUGGAUAAAGAGGAAAAUUUGUAUUGAAUAAUCUUAAUCUGGUUCGUACUCUUUGACAGCUAAAACCAGUAGUUUUCCCCUGAGAGGGUGAAAACACCGAAAUCUCCCUGGUUUGGGGUGUACAACAAAACUCUGUAGAAAAUGAAUGGACAGUGAUUCACACUGAAGAAGACAACCGAUUAUUGAAUCCAUAUCCAUGUAACUGACUUGGCCUUGUGUUCAUUUAGGAAACAUAAUAGAACUGUGAUUAUUUGGGAAAGGUGCUGAGUGAACAAAUUGAAGGUAAGAAAAAAUAAUCUCAAACAUUCCAGCCUCUCAUUUUUUCAGAGUUGCAAUGUGUUCAUAAAAUAUAUAUAUAUAAAAGAACUAAAAAUGGUAAAACCAAACCAGAAUAUUGGCUGUUAGGCAUUGUGCAUCAAAAUAUUAGUUUUCUUCCCACUGAAAAUAAUACAAACCCCAUCAAAGGUAGGGUUUCAGUGUGGGGUGGAUGUGUGUUGUAUACGUAUUAAAGCUAAAGCAGAUACAGAAAUGUGAGGCAGGGCUGCGGCUGUACAAGUCAUGAGGUACUUUCUUUGUUAAGGGUGCCUGUGUAAGUUUUGAAUAUAGAUGGCUUUGGAGUUUAUAUUUUUCUUACUAGCUGUGGAAGUACCAGCAUACACAAAAAAAACUAAACUGAGUAUGAUUUUUAAUAAAGCCAAAAUAAUUUUGGUCUUGA